AUGGCUUCGGCAGCUCCCCAGAAGUCGACGAUCAUCUACCAAGGUCAAGGUAGACCUAGAGAACCUCCUUUUCAUGGUCGCAAAAGACAGGCACUAAUUGAACAAUCUAGAUCGGCAUCUUUCUCUGCGCGUUUUCGGCAAGCUGGAGGUGUCAAUAGCAUUGAUAACUUCGCACGGUCGUGGCAGCGAGCCGCAUGUUUCCCGGAAGUUUUACCGCGCCGUCCUUCCUUCGUGGCAGCAGACGCAGAUGAAGAAUGGAGUACCAUAACGCGAAACUCUGUCAGGUCGCGUAAUCAGCAUGAUUAUGAAGUGGGCCCUACUCAGCCUUUACUGGACUCGGAUGGAGGUGCGGAAGAUCGGACUCUCACUGCACACGUCUAUCCGGAACACUCGAGCACGACAUCAGACAGAUGUGAGCCCGUGCUUGGGACAUCGUACGGUACGUUUUCUUCACGGAUAAGUGAAACUGCGCGAAGGAAUGCAGCCCAGCUUCAUAUGGAGCAACAAAGUCGCGGCGAUACAACAUUGAACCCUGAGGGGGAGUCACUACUUGUUAAGCAAGUCCAACACGACGAUGGUACACGCGAGUGUGUGGUUGUUGGGCAAUCUACCCUUCCGCAGACUAUCUUCAAUUCCGUAAAUGUUUUGAUAGGCAUCGGUCUUUUGAGCCUACCAUUGGCGAUGAGACAAGCGGGUUGGCUCAUCGGCCUCUCAUUCUUGCUCUUUGCAGCAGUCACCACAUCAUAUACAGCAAAAAUCCUGGCAAAGUGCCUGGAUGUUGAUCACAGCCUUGUCACUUACGCUGACCUAGCGUACAUUAGUUUUGGGUAUCAUGCGCGCUUGAUCACGAGCCUGUUGUUCUGCUUGGAGCUCAUAGGGGCAUGUGUUGCCCUUGUUGUACUCUUUGCAGACAGCUUACAAGCUCUAGUACCAGGGCUCAGCAUUCUCCAUUGGAAAUUCAUUUGCGGGCUCAUGCUUAUUCCGCUCAACUUCCUACCACUGCGGCUUCUCAGUGUGACGAGUAUCCUUGGUAUUCUGUCUUGCACAUCCAUUGUUCUUAUUAUAUGCAUAGAUGGGUUGCUGAAUACUGCAACGCCAGGUUCACUGAUACAGCCAGCCAAGACUUCAAUGCUGCCUGAUAAUUGGGGUACGCUUCCUCUCAGCUUUGGUCUCAUAAUGUCACCAUGGGGCGGCCACGGUGUGUUUCCAAACAUUUACAGAGACAUGAGACACCCGCAGAAAUACGGCAAAAGUCUCGUGGUGACUUAUUCUUUCACUUAUUCCCUGGAUUGCGCCAUGGCCAUUGUCGGCUGGCUCAUGUUCGGUGACACAGUCAGGGAUGAAAUUACUGCAAACGUUUUAGUGACAGAUAAAUUCCCACGCGGAUUAUCUAUUUGCAUGAUAAUAUUUAUCGCGACAAUUCCGAUUACAAAGGUGCCUUUAAACUGCCGGCCUCUCGUCGCUACCAUCGAAGUUCUUUGUGGACUUGUCUCACGUCCCGAAAGGCCAUCGAUCCAACAAGGAACCAUAGGUUCUGUAUUGCGCAACGCUCUAAAAGCUGCAAUACGUAUAGCGGUUGUGGUCUUUAUUGUGUUUAUGGCAGUUCUCUUCCCGUCAUUCGACAGAAUUAUGGCGCUCAUGGGUUCGGCUCUGUGCUUCACAAUAUGCAUUAUACUGCCACUUGCAUUUCAUCUGAAGAUUUUCGGCAAAGAUAUUAGCCCACGGGAGAGGCUUUUGAACUGGUUUGUGCUGGUAAUAUCAUCGAUAUUAGCGCUCAUUGGAACCACUUGGUCCUUUAUGCCGCAGGAAAGCAUUUCCGCAUUCCGAAGAUCCGAGCACUAA